AUGGAGUUCUGCACGGUGCAAGUGCAGCUGCUGUCCGGGAAGGUUUGUGCUGAGAGACGAAUGCCUCGCUGUUACCGCGUUUCUUCGGUUUUGGAAGAUUUGCCUACCGUCGAGGAAACGCCAGACCUUCUUGCCAAGCGCGUGCUGCUCUUGGAUGGACGCAUCCUGUUGGCCGAGGAGGUGCUAGGAGAGCUCGAUGCGGCCGGCACGGGCAGCUUGGUGCUGCAGUUGAUCUGGCAAAGAGACCGGCAGGUUGUCCGCACGGAGCAACGGGUCCCAAAGCCUUUGGUACUCAACCUCGCCAUCUGGGGGGGACCAAAUGUUGGAAAGACAUCGCUGUUCCACCGCUACACCCACACGGAGCGAUACGACAUGGACACUUGCAAGUGGGUUCACCUACUCGUGAAUGGUGACGUUGACGUCUGUCUCUUCCUGUUAGAUAACUGGCCGAAACCCAUGUGGAUCAGCAGGGAUGAAAUAACUAGGCGAAUGAACGGACUAUUUGUCUUCGACCUGACUGAUCGGAACUCUUUCCGCCAGGUCCAACGCUUUCUGGCUUCGGACGACCAGCGGGAGCAGCGGUUGCGAGUGCUAGUCGGCAACAAAGCCGACCUCGUCGACCGGCGUGCGGUCACGUGGGAGGAAGCGCAGGCAUUUUCCGCCCAGGUGGGCGCAGCCUAUUUCGAGACGUCGGCCACCGAGGGCACUGGCAUCGAGGAGGCGGUCCACCAUGCCGUGCUGCAGGCUUUCGACAUGCGCCGGGAACAGAAGCUGCCGGCACUCUUCGGAAACCUUCUUGAAGCUCAACCUGAGCUCGCCCGUGAAGAAGCUCAACCUUGGGUCGCCUCUCCGGCGUCCCUGUCGGGGCGAGUACUCCGAGCUGUGCGAAAAGGAUGCCCACUGUUGUUAGUAUUGUCACUGUUCAUUCUUGCAAUUAUUGUGAUGAAUUAUGAACCCUAA